AUGUCAGGCAACAAGGAUAUAUACACCUUUCAGUAUGGCGAGCUGAAGAAGGGCCAGACGUAUGCGCUGGCUAUGGCAAGGGUGGCGGAUAACUUCGUGCACUCCAGCUUCCACGACUCCCCCAACUACGAGAAGUUGCUCCUCUCCAUCUUCGAGCACAUCUCCAAGGACCCGUCGAUGGACGACAAGGUGUUGCAGGCCCUUGAGAGUGCUCUGAUGGCGCGGCAGAACGCCGUUCUCAAGGAGGCACGCGACAACGACAAGGAUCGCAAGAAGUUUGUCUUCGAGAAGCGAACCACGGGGCGAGACCCCAACGAGGACAGCGGUAGCGACGCCGACGAGGUGACAGAGGAGGAGUUGGCGGCCCGAAAGGCGGCGCAGGAGGUAGAGGAGAAGCAUAAGGAGCAGGAGUGGAUCAAGGCACAGGAGCGCUACGCGGCACUCCAGCUGCAGAAGCGGGAGAAUGAGGAGCGGCUGCGUGCGCAGGCCCGGAAGGUCGACAUCGACGAAUUCGAGCGCCAGCUCCAGAGCCGCGGUGCCGUGCUUGUCGACUCCGGCUUGCCUGCCAAGAAGAAGGGUGGCAAGGGCGCUGCGAAGGCCGGUCAGCUUUCAGCCGAGGAUGCAGCAAAGAUGAGGGAGGAGGUGGCGUUGAUCGUGAAGGAAAAGGAGCGCCUCGAUACGGUACUGCACACCAGCGACGAGGAGCUGCCGGCCGCCCUCGAGGAGGCGAGGAGGUCACUGACUGAGUACAAGGAGAGGGUGGCAGCGAUUGGUGAGCCGGCAGCGCCGACGAAGGAGAUGAGCAAGAGCGAGGUGACGCAGCUGCAGCAGAAGCUGGCAAGGCAGACCAUGGACAAGAACCGCCGGGCGCUGCAGCUCAAGGCAAUGGAGCCCAACCCGCUGCGCGAUGAGCUCGUCUCGGUGCUCGAGCAGCGUGACGUACUGGCUGUGGCGGUGGAGCGUGCGGAGAACGCAUAA